AAAGUGUUUGCAAGCAAUGGCACACAAUUUGGUGCGAUUUACUGCAACAGCACGCGACUUUUCCGUGACCAAUGACAGGUUGAUGGCAGCUUUUCGUGGUCAUUGCUUCUCGAAGUCUGCAGCGCUCUAUCCAGAUGAUCAGACACACCUGUAGGCUGUGGAUCUUCUUCCCCGUGUGAUUGCCCAGUAUCUUAAAGCUGGCGAUUGGUGGCCACUUUCAGUUCAAUACUUGCCACUGGUCUGCCACUCUGCUCGCCAGCUGCCCGUUUCACGUGAAUUGUGAUGAAGAUCAUCGCCCUAUCCAUUGUGAAGGCAAACAGUCAGGGUGGGGAUCCAUGGAUCCUGGGGACCGCCAGCGAUGUGAAAGACUUUGGCUACUUCCAGAGGGCCACAGUUAAGGAGAUGAUCCUGUUUGUGUCAAGACUGGUGGGGGGAAGGACUCCUGAGGGGAACAAGUCAACGCUCCAGCAUGAGGAGUAUCUGGUCCAUGCCUACAACAAACAGGGCUUGGUGGGUGUGGUCCUUGCAGACAAAGACUAUCCCGAACGGGCCGCAUACUCAGUCAUCAAUAAGAUCCUCGACGAUUAUGAACGGCGGAUGGGGGACUCAUGGGCGCUCAUACACGCAGACUGUAAAGAGUCACUCCCGCUCCUCAACGACGCGCUGCGACAUUACCAGGAUCCGAUGCAAGCAGAUAAGAUUAUCAAAGUUCAGCGGCAAAUCGACGACGUCGCAGAGGUAGCUCAUAAAACAAUCAAUAGUCUAUUAGAUCGAGGGGAGAAGUUGGAGGUCCUAAUGGACAAGAGCCAAGACCUCAGCGAAAACUCGAAGAUCUACCUCAAGAACGCAAAGAAGCUGAAUAGGUGCUGCGUGAUUCUGUAAGGUUUUGAUACUCUAUAGCUUUUGUACAUAGGCACAGCUGGCGUAGUCGAAGAUAGGCAGGAUACAAGGGUACCAUAAUCUGCUGUUGAGGCGGCAGCACCAUCCGCUGAGCACAACAAGAGGUCCUGUUUCAGGAAAACGGUCGGACCAUCUAUUGUUGCAACUUACGGAGCAGCCUCGAGUAGUCUCGUACAGGACAUCUUGCUUGCCACAUUGCGAGUUUGCGCCCAAGCAAUCUGCUAUGCAUCCGAAUGGCAGAAAGUUUUACGAGUUGUGUGACACCGACCUUCUACCUGGGCGGCCGAG